GUUUAGGGACGAGGCAAGGCAAGCCAGCGAUACGAUACGAUACGAUACGAUACGAUUCGAUGCGAUAGGGAUUGAAGAGGAGCAAAGCAAAGCAGGAAUAAUGACUAGAAAUGGAGUGAAACAGCAGCAACAGCAGCCGGAGGGGUGGCAAGGAGGCAUGGUGGUGCGCGAAACGGUGCUUGGUUGGCCGGUGAUUCGACUGGGUGGAUGGGAUGGCUGGCUGGAUAGGGAAUGUAACAAAGAAUUAAUUAAUUAA